AGCAACACUUUCAUAAAGGCAGGCUGUCGGCGACGCAAUGGCUCACUCGCUGGAAGCUGCGCUGAGCUGAGGCGGCACGCUGCCCGAAACACACCGGAGCAGUCUGGGCGAAUGCAGUGCCACACACAGGACACUGUAAUAGACAGCCUCCCCCUUUUUUGGACAUAAUUGGACGCUCAGACUAAUCUUCAUCACACCGGGGCAACGAGAAUUUGGCUCACCGUAACAAUUUUGAGACUCGUGCAAAGGGAAAGGGGGCGAAUACGAUCGUCACGCUGUCGGUUGCUCCUGCUACCCGCACGCUCUCAGUUGAUUAACUAGUUAUUCCUUUUACCGCCCCAAUUGGUUCUAAUAGAGGCUCCGGGCCGACUUAAGAGUGGAGUGAAGUGUGAAGCUGUACGCGAAGGAACCACCAGUCCGCCAUGGAGAACGCACACACGAAGAGCGUGGAGGAAGUUUACAGUUAUUUCUGCGUCAACGAGAGCACGGGACUCUCUCUGGACGAGGUGAAGCGACAGCGGGAGAAAUGGGGCCUGAACGAAUUACCAGCAGAAGAAGGGAAAUCUUUAUGGGAGCUUGUCCUUGAACAGUUUGAAGACCUACUCGUGCGAAUUCUUCUGCUGGCUGCCUGCAUUUCUUUUGUCCUGGCCUGGUUUGAGGAGGGAGAAGAAACUAUUACUGCCUUCGUGGAACCUUUUGUAAUUUUACUCAUUCUUAUUGCCAAUGCCAUUGUUGGGGUGUGGCAGGAACGUAAUGCCGAGGAUGCCAUUGAGGCGCUGAAGGAGUAUGAGCCUGAGAUGGGGAAAGUGUACCGGCAGGAUAGAAAGACAGUCCAGAGGAUCAAAGCCAGAGACAUUGUUCCCGGAGACAUCGUUGAAGUUGCUGUUGGAGAUAAAGUGCCCGCUGACAUCCGUAUAUGUUCAAUCAAGUCAACGACCCUGAGAGUGGACCAAUCCAUUCUAACUGGAGAGUCUGUCUCCGUCAUCAAACAUACAGACCCCGUGCCUGACCCCCGUGCUGUCAAUCAAGACAAGAAGAACAUGCUUUUCUCUGGUACCAACAUUGCUGCUGGGAAAGCCGUGGGUGUGGCGGUGGCCACGGGUGUCAACACCGAGAUCGGUAAGAUCCGUGAUGAGAUGGCAGCAACCGAGCAGGAGAAGACACCCCUGCAACAGAAGCUGGAUGAGUUUGGCGAACAGCUUUCCAAGGUCAUUUCCCUCAUCUGCAUCGCGGUGUGGAUAAUCAACAUCGGGCAUUUCAAUGACCCCGUGCAUGGAGGCUCCUGGAUCCGAGGGGCUGUCUACUACUUCAAGAUUGCGGUCGCACUGGCUGUGGCCGCCAUCCCUGAAGGGUUGCCCGCUGUCAUUACCACGUGCUUGGCUCUGGGCACCCGCCGCAUGGCCAAGAAGAACGCCAUUGUCCGCAGCUUGCCGUCUGUGGAGACUCUGGGCUGCACCUCGGUCAUUUGUUCUGACAAGACAGGAACUCUGACCACCAAUCAGAUGUCUGUCUGCCGAAUGUUCAUUCUCAACAAAGCGGAAGGUGAGAGCUGCUCUCUGUCCGAGUUUACCAUCACGGGAUCAACCUAUGCACCAGAGGGGAACGUAUACCAGGAUGGUAAACAAGUGAAAUCCUCUCAUUAUGAUGCUCUGGUGGAACUGGCCACCAUUUGUGCCCUGUGUAAUGACUCGUCGCUGGACUUCAAUGAGGUGAAAGGCGUAUAUGAAAAGGUCGGCGAGGCGACAGAGACUGCACUGACCUGUCUGGUGGAGAAGAUGAACGUCUUUGACACCGAAGUCCACAAUCUGUCCAAGAUCGACAGAGCUAAUGCCUGCAACUCGGUGAUCAAACAACUGAUGAAGAAAGAGUGUACUCUGGAGUUCUCUCGAGACAGGAAGUCCAUGUCUGUAUACUGCACCCCUAAUAAGUCCCGUUCUUCCUUGGGAAAAAUGUUUGUCAAGGGAGCACCAGAGGGCGUUAUUGACAGAUGCACCCAUGUCAGAGUGGGAAACGGCAAAGUUCCAUUAAACAAACCCAUCAAGGAAAAGAUCAUGUCUGUGAUUCGUGAAUACGGGACCGGUCGGGACACGCUGAGAUGUCUGGCUUUGGCCACACGAGAUAGCCCGCCCAGGAUGGAGGACAUGAUACUCUCUGAACCCACCAAAUUCUCGGAGUAUGAGUCGGACCUGACCUUUGUCGGCUGCGUCGGCAUGCUGGACCCUCCCAGACAAGAGGUGGCGGCAUCCAUCAAGCUGUGUCGCCAGGCCGGCAUCCGCGUCAUCAUGAUCACCGGGGACAACAAGGGCACAGCCGUGGCUAUCUGCCGGCGGAUCGGCAUCUUCUCCGAGGACGACGACGUGGAGCAGAUGGCCUUCACCGGACGAGAGUUUGACGAGCUGGCGCCCAACGCGCAGCGUGAGGCCGUCACGCACGCUCGCUGCUUUGCGCGCGUGGAGCCUUCGCACAAGUCCAAGAUUGUCGAGUUCCUGCAAGGAUUUGAUGAGAUCACAGCUAUGACGGGAGAUGGUGUGAACGAUGCCCCUGCCUUGAAGAAGGCGGAGAUUGGCAUCGCCAUGGGCUCUGGCACUGCCGUGGCCAAGUCAGCCUCUGAGAUGGUCCUAGCCGACGACAACUUCUCUUCCAUCGUGGCUGCUGUUGAGGAAGGGCGCGCCAUAUACAACAACAUGAAGCAGUUCAUCAGAUACCUGAUAUCCUCCAAUGUCGGCGAGGUCGUCUGUAUCUUCCUCACUGCGGCAUUGGGCUUCCCCGAGGCACUGAUCCCAGUUCAGUUGCUGUGGGUCAACCUGGUGACCGACGGCCUCCCUGCGACCGCCCUAGGGUUCAAUCCUCCGGACCUCGACAUCAUGGAGAAGCCUCCUCGCAACGCGAAAGAGCCCCUCAUUUCCGGAUGGCUCUUCUUCAGAUAUCUGGCCAUUGGCGGCUAUGUCGGCGCCGCCACGGUGGGAGCCGCGGCAUGGUGGUUUACACUGUCGGAUGAUGGACCUCAGGUCACGCUAUACCAGCUGAGUCACUUCCUCCAGUGCACCCCGGACAACCCAGACUUUGAUGGCCUGGACUGCGAGGUGUUUGAGUCACCCUAUCCCAUGACCAUGGCCCUGUCUGUCCUCGUCACCAUUGAGAUGUGCAACGCUCUCAACAGUCUGUCAGAGAACCAGUCCCUGCUGCGGAUGCCUCCUUGGGAAAACAUUUGGCUGCUGGGGGCCAUCUGCCUCUCCAUGUCUCUGCACUUCCUAAUUCUCUAUGUGGAGCCUCUGCCAGUCAUCUUCCAGAUCACCCCUCUGGACGCCACCCAGUGGAUGAUGGUGCUGAAGAUUUCGAUACCCGUCAUCCUGCUGGAUGAACUGCUGAAGUUUACGGCCAGGCACCACUUGGACUUGGGUAAACAAUCGGAGAAGCCGGCGGCGGGCCACAAAGGGCAGCGGUCUUUGUCCGCAUGUGCCGAAGGCAUCUCGUGGCCCUUCGUGGCCAUCUCGCUGCCUCUGGUGCUGUGGAUCUACAGCGCCGACACUAACGUGGCUGCCGUGUUGUGGCCCUGACUCACAUCCCGGGCACCGCUGUGGAGUGAACAUUAACACACACAUAUCUAACGGAAACAUUAACUUCCAGUCAAUACUCUCUCCUGGUCUGAUGACGAAGGCGUCUUUGAUAUUUCAGACAUUUCUAGCAAUGCAUUUUUUUGGGGGGGUGGGGGGUCUAGUUCUAUGAUCUUACUUUGUGAACACAAGUUUUUAUAUUAUUGUUAUUACUACUACACUGGUCAACAGUAAAUUUUAAUUAGAGAUGACUUUGUGUCCCUAAAUGUAUUUUUGUCAACUGAUUUCAGAAAUGUCUUUGCCAGCACAUCAGGUUUUUCAGACUUUCAUUUUUGCUUUUAAAGUUUGACCUGUCAAAGCUCGCACAAUACAGAUUUUACCAUGCAUUCUCAUUUGUAGCAAUGACGUUUCAGAAAGAAAGUCCACCUGUUGUUGACCCUAAAUCAUAAUUCCUAAAGCUUACAUAUGUUAUUAUUAUUGAAACCUAAUGUGCUUGAGAAAAAGCGAGGGCAGAUUGGGAAUCAGCGCAAAAUAUCAAGAAAAGUUUACUUGCAUCUCGAAUUAACAUUUUUUUGUUAAAAGAAAAAGAUCAGUGUUUAUUAUUUUACAUUUGUCUGUUGGUUGAAAGAGAAUUUACAAAACAUUUAUAAAAAUGGAUUACUUGUUUUGGAAGGGUGUAGGGAACAAGAAGAAUGCUCAUUUAGGACAUAGGUGUCUGCAUUUAUUUUCUGCGUUAGGCAGAGCACAGCUACCUCACCGCUGUUCUAUCACCGUUACUACUCAGAUUUGUCUCCACAAACAACACGAUUUGAAGCACCCAAAGCCUUCAUACACUUUUUUUUUCUCAUCUUAGUUAAGUGAGGACUUUUCUGUGCAUGUCCUUUAUUUUAAGAACUAUUUAUACAUAAUGUAUAAAUGUGCACAUACUGUACUUAAACACUGUAUAUGUUACUUCACAUGAGCAGCCUGGUUUUCACCUCUGCAGGGCUGCUGUGUUUUUAUGUGUACAUAGCGCACAUUGUUGAACCUCUAGAUUUUAUUGUUGCUGUUCAAAUAUUUGACGAGUGCUUUUUGCCACUGAGUGCCAUUGAGCUUUUCCCUACAAGGCUUUCCAUGCAUUUGGCUGCAGCAUGAGUACACUUUGAACUGCAUGCGAAUAAGCGCUUGCCCAUUUUUGUGCAAUGGUUAAUACAACAGCUCCUCAGAUUUUUGAUACGUUUUUAAAAUUGUGGUAAUAAUGGUAUUUGAGUUGGACGAGGCAAAGAACAUGCAUUGGUUUCAAAUGCCUUCAGCGUGCCAAGUGGGAUGUUCAAUUAUUUCACGUUUCAAACUGGCACAGAUCGUUUUGUUUUCAAGGUACAGGCUCACCAUCCCCCCCACGCCAUUACAAAUACCGUAUGCCAUUUUGUUUUCUAACUUGAACUUAACGAAAUGAUUUUCAGCUCACCCCCAGUGCAGCUUGUCAGUACGCCGCCCAUUGAAAUAAGUUUUAACACACUUGGAAUGGUAAGCUGGUACUUUAGACUAAAUGGGCACCGAUUUAAUGCUUCUCCUCCCUCUCUUUUCUCUUCCCAGCGAAGGCCAUAUAGGCUCGACUCGUCUCCAAAUUACUUGGUUUUGUUUUGUGUUGUGUUUGUGUUUUGGGCGGCACACUUACAGUUGAAGAACCGCAUGUCUGAAAUGUCGAGUGAAGACAGCGUAGGUUGUUCAUUUGUUUUGACCGAAUGCCCAUGAAUCAAAGUCCUCAUCGCUCCUUCCAUCCUUGCGCAUGAAGAGCCAAGAAUGACAACGGCUCUCAUGCCCUACUUUACCUGAAGAUCUUAGUACUGUUGUGUACAUUCAGUUGCAUGAUAUUCCUCGGUGCAUGUCUGCUACAGCUGCUGACUUGUGUAAUAAAGAAUGUCAAGAACUGCUUAAAGGUUACUCACAUGAUACAAGUGUUAGAUAAGCUUAAAAACUGUUGAUUUUUCCUAAGGAAAUGCUUUUAUGGGAUGAAUAUAAAUCAAAAGAAUUUGGAGCGGAUGUAAUGAUGUACAAGAGGAGCAUCGGCAAGUGAGUCAUUUUGCUUCUGUACCUGUUUUUGUCAGAUUGUUCAAUUUGUCACAUGAACUUUGGAUUCAGGUAAAUAAAAUACAAUUUGAUGAAUCUUAA